UGUGGCUGAUGUUUUUUUUUUAGAUCUUGAGCCACAGUUGAUAUUUAUUGUGUCUUGUGAUGCGAAAGAAAAAUAAUCAAGUAGCAACCGGUAGCAACAGAGAUCUAUAAAUAUCCUCAGCGCUCAGCCCCCAUUUUCUAUGAAGGACUUUUAUUUUGAAACACACGCACAUCCUCCUCAGACCAAAUGCCCCGUUGAGCGGUCGGGCCUAUUUAAGGCUUUCUAAAGUUAGAAUUAAAAUCGUUGGGACUGAUCAAAAACAUGGGCGUUUAGCGACAAACAGUCUUAAUUAUUGAAUGGAUGUCUGUGAGCUCCACUAAGUAGGUUUUGUGUCGUUGCAGAGCGCACUCGUCGUUUUCGCGGCCGUUGCGGAGGGGAUUGUUAUGACAUUAUUCUCUUUGUCUCGCGCUGCACGAACCAGAGACCGUCUUUCCUGCUGAAAGAGCCCUUUUCAGCGAUCGGUGCAAAUCUAGGUAUUCUUAACGACCCAAUUCUAACUGGUUCUCACCGAUCCGAUCGAGGAACUGAAACAUGUCGUUGCACGGUAAACGAAAAGAGAUCUACAAAUACGAGGCACCAUGGACCGUCUAUGCCAUGAACUGGAGCGUCAGACCCGACAAGCGCUUUCGGCUGGCGCUCGGCAGCUUCGUCGAGGAAUAUAACAACAAGGUAAACAGCUGUGCGACUUUGUUUUGUGUUCCUGUGCCUGCUGUCAACCUAGCAUAUGAAGAACAUUUUUUCAUUGGCUUUCAGGUGUAUGACAUCGCAUUCAGCCGUGCGGGUGGCGGUCGGGAUAUGUUUGCGUCUGUGGGAGCAGACGGAUCCGUGCGCAUGUUUGAUCUGCGGCACCUGGAGCACAGCACCAUUAUCUAUGAGGACCCUCAACAUCACCCGUUGCUGCGCCUGUGCUGGAACAAACAGGACCCCAACUACCUGGCCACUAUGGCCAUGGAUGGCAUGGAGGUGGUGAUUCUGGAUGUGCGUGUGCCGUGCACACCAGUGGCUCGUCUCAAUAAUCAUCGUGCCUGUGUGAACGGCAUUGCAUGGGCGCCCCACUCCUCUUGCCACAUAUGUACAGCAGCGGACGAUCACCAGGCUCUGAUCUGGGACAUCCAGCAGAUGCCGCGGGCCAUCGAGGACCCCAUCCUGGCCUACACGGCCGAGGGAGAGAUCAAUAACGUGCAGUGGGCCUCCACUCAGCCCGACUGGAUUGCCAUUUGCUACAACAACUGUCUGGAGAUCCUGCGGGUGUAGAGCCGAGGCAUAAAUCGCCUCUGUGCUUCCUGUGGGCAGCAUUGCUGGAAGAGAGUCUUUCAUGGAGCAGAGACUUGUUUUCUAAAGUUCCUGAGGUCUGGGGGAUUCAAGUGGGAAACCAUAUUGAACGGGCCUAUGGGAACAACAGUCUGAACAAUGUGUGUGCAACGUUUGUCUGGGAGAAUGAAGCCGUAUGAAUGAGUACCUGUGUUUCUGCACAAUAUAUUAUAUUUGUCUGUUUUCCUACUUGCCGGUGUCCCAGAGUCCUCAUAAUGGGAUCUUAAACACAACUGUAAUUACUAUGAUUGUAUGGCCAUUUGUGUAGGGAGAGAUAAGCGUUUAUUCUGUUUGACCGGUAAAUAACUUUUUUUGAAAACUAGGAUCAUAAAGAUGCAAACUUGCCAACAUGGACAAUGCAAAACUACCAUUUUAUUAAGAUGUAAUUGCUUACUUCAAAGAUUAAUAGUUUUACAGGUUCUCUGAACUUUAGAUCCUGUUUUUCCAUUUUAGGAAGGUGCCAUUUUUUUGUAUCCUUGGAAAC